UUUUUUCACCUCUCUCUUUCUUUAUUUCUUUUUAUGUUUUACUUCUUUUAGUUCUUGUUUGAAAUGAAAUCCAAUCUUCAAUCUUUCAACCUUCUAAGCAAAGCAAAGCUCUAGCAAAACCCAAUAAAGCAAUAGUAAUAUCAAACCCCAUACCAAAUAUCAAACUUACAAGUGUCCCCUUUCUUUCUCUCUCUUUUGCUUUUUGUUUCUAGUUAUAAUUUUCGUUUUAAUAACUGUUAUUAUCUUUAUAAAUUAACUAUAAGUGUCCUGAGAAGUUGGAGCUUGAAGAAGAAAAGAGAGGUCUGAGAGCAAGCCUCUGUUUGCCCAGAGAUGGGUACUUUGACUGCUUCUCUUGUGCUUCCAUCUGAGCUAAAGCCUUCCUCACUCUCUCAACUUCACCAACAUAGCUCUCUUUUCAUCCACAGAAGAAGAUCACCCAAGAAGCACCAAUCUAUUGUCCCUGUUGCAAGGUUGUUUGGACCAGCAAUCUUUGAAGCUUCAAAGCUGCAGGUUCUGUUCCUAGGAGUUGAUGAAAAGAAGCAUCCAGGGCAGCUUCCAAGAACUUAUACACUCACACAUAGUGAUAUAACCUCUAAGCUCACUCUGGCCAUCUCUCAAUCAAUAAACAACUCUCAGUUACAGGGGUGGUACAAUAAGUUUCAGAGAGAUGAAGUUGUAGCAGAGUGGAAGAAAGUCCAGGAGAAAAUGUCUCUCCAUGUUCACUGUCACAUAAGUGGUGGCCACUUUCUAUUAGAUCUCUGUGCUAGGCUCAGAUUCUUCAUCUUCUCCAAGGAACUCCCUGUGGUUUUGAAGGCCUUUGUACAUGGAGAUGGGAAUUUGUUCAACAACUAUCCAGAAUUAGAGGAAGCUCUGGUUUGGGUAUAUUUUCACUCCAACAUUCCAGAAUACAACAAGGUGGAGUGUUGGGGGCCACUCAAGGAUGCUGCAGCACCUUCUAAGGUUAGUAGUUGUGGGUCCUACAAAGACAAAGGAGAUGAAACCCCAUCAAUAAGCAACUGGGAGAUGCCAAAGCCAUGCCAAGAGAACUGCACAUGUUGCUUUCCACCAAUCAGCUUGUUGAUCCCUUGGUCACCAAGAUCUAUCGGGUCAGGAUCGGACUCAAUGGACCCACCAAACCCAACUCCAACAAACAACAACUACAAAGAUGGUCUUACACAACUCUAUGAUUGAUUUGUUUUUCUAAUUAUUAUUAUUUUUUUAAAUUUUCUUCACAUGUUACAAAUUGUUAUUUGUUGUUGUUGUGGAUGUAAAUACAGAAGUCCUUGUAUUUUCAGCAUUUUCUUGUCUGCCCUUUCUGGGAUGUGAUUCCAACAUAAAUCAAAGGGGUGUAUUACCAGAAAGAGUAAUAUUAUGAAUAUACUCUUAUCAAUUCAGAAAUUAUUCAGAAUCUU